CUGAAAACAAAAACGUCAUUAUAGUAUUAUUGUGUAUAGAAAACAUAAAAAUUGAUUUUUUGUUCUUGGUAAAAAAAUUUCGACAAUUUUCUAUAAAAAUAAUUUAAAAAAAUGGGCGCAGCAUUCUUUCCUAUAUUAUUCUUCACUGCUAUAUGGGCUAGCGUUGGAAUUGGUCUGCCAUUGAUGACACCAAAAGGUCCACAUCAAAAUCUCAUACGUUGUACAUUAAUUUUAACUGGAGCGACAUGUUGGCUUUUCUGGCUGUGCUGUUACAUGGCCCAAAUGAAUCCAUUAAUUGGACCAAAACUAAAUCAGCAUGCUAUUUAUAUGAUUGCCAAGGAAUGGGGCAACGGGCUAAAGGAAGAAUAAAGGUUUCCAAUCCUUCAUGGGAUAGAAAAAUUGUCUCAGAGAUUUGCUGGAUAGUGAAGUGCAAAUAUUAGAAAUUAUACUUAAAUUGUUUUUUUUUUUGUGAAAAUAUCUAUCAUAAUUUUUAUGUUUUUAAUUGUCCUGUCGGCAUUCCUUUAUAGUAUAGUAUUUAUUAUAUAUUUUUUAUUUUGUUCGAAUUUAUAAACAAAAAACCUGUAUCUACUCCUGUUAUUUUAAAAUCUUCAAUAAUCUCAACAUAUGUAUAUGUGUAUUUAACAAUAUUACUGUCAAAUAAAUUAUAUAUAUUAAAUAAAUGCCUAUUAUUUAUAAAA